CGACCGGUGACAUGCGGCACAAUCACAUCCACACCUCCUCCACAGAAGCCAUCCAAGCAGCUUGGACUGAAGUAGAAAGUCACAAUUGUGAAUUCCAUCACCGCAAAGCAGAAGAGUCCUGCAUACAGUGUUAAAAUCCGGCCUCAGAUUGCAAAUAAGUUUCGGGUGCCUCGCUUUGACACAGCAGGAAAUGUGAAGAGCAUGUGAGCAGGCGGCUGCAAACUGAAAGCAGCCCGGAAAGUCAGUGAUGGACAGCCGGUCCUCCACUGGCAGCCGACAGUGGCUCACUCUGGAGGAGAUGGACCCUGGCCUACCUCCAUGCAGCACCACCUCAGUAGCAGAUGAUGAUGUCUUUGCAGAUGGAUGUUUCACAGGAAAGCUUGAAUACUUGCUCCAGAAGUGCGGGUUGGAGGCCUGCUCUGACAACCGCAGUCUUUGCCGUUUAGUUUCUGAUUCAGCAUUAAAUGGCGGCGAUGAAAAGGGCCGAGCAAUGCAUUCCGCCACUAUAGAAAGACACAGCAUCGUAUCGCCCCACAAACUGCCGUCACUUUGCUCCAGUGCAUGUAACACUGCACCAAGUGUCCCGGAGGUAUUACAGUUGCGUUGGGGGGAUGCGGAAGACACGCUGUAUGAGAUGGGUUUCGGCUGCGAUGAGCCACAUCUCACCGUGCGCAUCCCUCCUCGCUUCCUCACCUUCCCGUCCCAAGCUCGGGGCAUCAACUUCCGCCUUUUCCUGGACUCGCAGCUUAGGCGGAUACGUGAGGAGGACCCGAGCCUGUGUAUUGCUAGUACAUACCGCCUCUGUUACAGCUCUGCUUCUACCUCCGAAGCCGGAAAAUCGCCUGGUCAACUUUGUCCCCACCAUCCCGUGUCACUGUUCUGCAUUAAUGGUCGUUUCAGACAAGUCCAAGCGCUGACGGCAAUGGCCAACGCUUUCUAUUCCUUGUACUCGCACGUGUCCCGCACGCCUCUACGAAAACUGGCGGCACCAGAAUUCACCUUUACCUCAACCGUGGAAAGGAUGGAGCGUUUCAGGAGCAGCGUUCACAGCGAGCCACGCUCCCCUGCUGACAGGUUGAAGGACACCGUCUCCAAGAUGUGUCUCUACACUGGGUCACCACGGGGGUCCGACUCCACAUCGCCUCUGCCCUCGCCGAGAAGGUCAAGCCUGCCUGUGGAUCUAUUCCCUGAUCCGAUCCAGACUGAGGCUAACAAGAGACUGGAAUUGGUGAACACCAGGAGAGACACUGGCGUCUUAUCACCGCAGUCAAAAAGUGUGGUGGAAACACAUCAGUCGGGUGUGUUGUGAGCUCAUGAGAUGAAGGGCAAACCUUGGACUACAAGAUGAGUCGGCGUCUUUUGAUCUUGAUGAGGAAGUCACACAGACACCACUUCCUGUUAGCCACACACUUGAUCGUCAACAUUCAGAGAUCAUCCCUGCACAGUCUCUACAGCAGGGGCGUCAAACUCGUUUUCACCGAGGGCCCCAUCGCAGUUAUGGUUAUACUCAGAGGGCCACUUUUUAUAAUUCUAUUUUAGAAUUUCGUUAAUUAAUUAUUACAUUAAUUUUUCAUUAAUAACUAAUAAAAAAUAGUCAUUUUAAAUUGGACUUGACAACAAAAAAAUAUAAGGUUUUCUGUCAAUAUUGACAACAAAUACAUUUAGCA